UGAGGUGUAGGGAUGCACAGUGUGUUUAACACAGGCCAGAUUGCUUAAAGUCUAUUUUACAAACCCGUUCAUUCUACAUUGCGGGCACCCUAUUUAGUCUGCGUCCCAACAUGGAAGCGCAGCACCAGAAACGUCUACUCGCGCUGGAAACCACGCAGCUUCGUCUCAAAAAACACAUUCUCCAAAAUCAGCCAUCCUAAAAAAAAGAAUCCAAGCAGCAUACAGGUGACGCGUCGCUCCCACUUCUGUACAAGAGCCAGCGUAAUACCCGGGCGUGGUGUGACCCCAGGAAAUGAUGUAAAACCACGUUCAGCGCCGCCCUCCCACGUCCCCGUUGCGGAGUCUCUUCUGUAUUCACGAAGUGCUGUGAUUUAUAUAUUUAUUUAUUGUGUCUUUCCUUCCCCCCCGUGCCUGUAUGUGCAGGAAGCAGCGCCAGAGCAGAGCUGCGGAAAAAGCGGAAAAGCAUCGCACGACAGCUGGGUUUGGGGGCGAGAGGUACUGAAGAGCGAUACUGACUGAGCGCUCAGCUGCUUCUGCGGAUUCGGACUGCAGAGCCACAGAAAGACAGCACAGCUCUCCUUCCGCUCUUCCCAAAAAAAACAGGGAAAGAGGAUCACCGUCCGGCACCAUGUAUUAUUGCAGUAACUGUUAUUCGGGUCCGUUACGUUAAAGGGAACAGAGGAAGGGGGGAUACUGGCAGCGCACAUCUUAAAUAUUUUUUUUUUCUUCUGUACAAUUCAUACAGGCUUGCCUAUACAGCGGGGAUAAAAACGAAAUGCGAUGCUAGUACUACGUUACAUAUACGUGCCGGUGCUGUACAUAAUUAAAUAAAUAUAUAUUUUUUUGGAAACCGAGAUCGGAGAAAGCCGAAGGGACUCGAGUUCGGUGAAGGUUUCGGCUCGGUUCGGUUCGGAGGGGUUGAAUAGACCGCGUCACGGUUCGGGGGAUCGGGACGGCUGUGAUGGAGAUUGGAUCACAGCAUCGGGACUCGGGGAUCGUUCAGCGCAAAACAGCCUGUGUUUUUCACGCUCCUGUUUCCCUGUGAAUGUGAUCUGCAUUGUGCUGCGCUGGAUCCGCAGUCGCCAUGGAGACGGCAAGAGGACACAGAGCGCACUGACCCCGCCGUGACCCCAAGGGCACAGGAAGUUCUUUAUUCCCAAUCAGCAGCGUGUCAGGGAGGCACUGGUCUCGCCGCUUUGGGAGCUGUUACUGGGAGGAGACUGCGUUACUGGGGUUACUGGGAAUCCAGUUAGGCAGUGAUUGCUGGGAGGCACCAUGCCGGGGAUGGUCGUGUUUCGGAGGCGCUGGUCAGUGGGGAGUGAUGACCUGGUGCUGCCGGCACUCUUUCUGUUCCUGCUACACGCCGUCUGGUUGGUGGUUCUGUCCGUGGUUCUGUUUGGGAUCAGUUAUGGGCCGGGGCAGUCCUGCUCGCUCACGCUGGUGGAUCACGGCCGGGGGUACCUGGGGAUCCUGGUGAGCUGCCUGAUCUGUGAGGGAGCCAUCAUCUGGCUGAGCAUGAGGGGCAGCAUCCUGUACACCGAGCCCAGAGAGUCCAUGCAGUACGUGCUGUACAUCCGACUGGCGAUCCUAUUGGUGGAGCUGGUGUAUGCCAUUGUGGGGAUUGGCUGGUUGGUUCAGUACUACGGGCCAUGCGAUGAUGUCACUGCCAAGAACGUCACACUAGGAAUCGUGGCCUGUAAUUGGCUGGUUAUCUUCAGCAUGUGCUUCACCCUGAUGUGCACCUUUGACCCUACGGGGCGGACCAUUGUCAAACUGCGAGCGACCAAGAGGAAGCAGAGAAAUCUGCGGACCUACAAUCUGAGGCACCGGCUGGAGGAAGGCCAGGCCAGCAGCUGGACUCGGAGACUCAAGGUGUUCAUGUGCUGCUCUCGAGCCCAGGACUCUCAGUCUGAUGCGUACAGCGAGAUUGCGAAUCUCUUCGCUGAGUUUUUCCGUGACCUGGAUAUCGUUCCCUCUGACAUCAUCGCAGGGCUGGUCCUGCUGAGGCAGCAGCAACGUGCCAAGCGCAGUGCCGUGCUGGACGAGGGGAACAACGACAUUCUGGCUUUCCUGUCGGGAAUGCCGGUCACCCGGAGCACCAAAUACCUCAACCUCAAGAACUCUCAGGAGAUGGCGAUGUAUAAGGAGGUGUGUUACUACAUGCUGUUUGCUUUGGCAGCGUACGGCUGGCCCAUGUACCUGAUGAGGAAACCAGCAUGCGGACUGUGCAGACUGGUCAGCUCCUGCCCGUGUCUCUCCCUCUCUCAGCCUCGCUUCUCCCCGGGAGUCACAGUGGAGGAUGAUAACUGCUGCAGCUGCAACGUGAUCGCCAUCAAGAGGCACUUCCUGGACGAGAAUCUGGCCGGGGUGGAGAUAGUGUACACGUCCUGCCAUGAUGCUGUUUAUGAAACUCCGUUCUUUGUGGCGGUGGAUCAUGAGAAGAAGAAAGUGGUGAUCAGCAUCCGAGGAACCCUGUCCCCCAAGGAUGCACUGACAGACCUAACUGGAGAUGCAGAGAGGCUGCCUGUGGAGGAGCAGCAUGGAACCUGGCUGGGGCACAAGGGGAUGGUCCUGUCAGCCGAGUACAUCAAGAAGAAGCUGGAGCAGGAGAUGAUCCUGUCACAGGCGUUCGGCAGAGACUUGGGCCGCGGUACGAAGCACUACGGGUUGGUAGUGGUGGGGCACUCGCUGGGCGCCGGCACGGCCGCUAUUCUCUCCUUCCUGCUCCGCCCCGCAUACCCCUCACUGCAGUGCUACUCCUACUCACCACCAGGGGGCCUGCUCAGUGAGGAUGCCAUGGAGUAUUCCAAGGAGUUUGUCACCUCGGUGGUUCUGGGGAAGGAUCUGGUUCCCAGGAUUGGUCUGUCUCAGCUGGAAGGGUUCAGACGCCACCUGCUGGAAGUUCUGCAGAAGAGCAACAAGCCGAAGUGGCGUGUCAUCGUGGGCGGGACCAAGUGCAUCCCCAAGUCGGAGCUGCUGAACGAUGACCUCUCUGUGACCUCGGUCCCUAACAGCCGGCUGUGGACGCACCCCAGUGACCUCACCAUCGCGCUGUCCGCCAGCACCCCCCUGUACCCCCCCGGCAGAGUGAUCCACGUGGUGCACAACCACCCCCCUGAGAGCUGCUGCUGUGGUCAGGAGGAGCCCACCUACUCGGCUAUCUGGGGGGACAACAAGGCUUUCGAUGAGGUCAUCAUCUCCCCAGCCAUGCUGCACGAGCACAUGCCCCACAUAGUCAUGAACGGACUGAACAAGGUCCUUGAGAACUAUAACCUGGGGAAGACGGCUCUGCUGUCUGCUGCGAAGAUCAUGGUGAGCCCCACGGAGAUGGACCUGAACCUGGAGACACUGUACCAGGACCAGGGACCCCCCCCGGGACCCCCCCAGGAGCAGCCCCCUGCCCAGCCACGCAGGAGCAGCAGCAUCCGGAGCUGUGCGCGCUCGGAGAUCUCUCUGGAGGGUUUCUCGGAGGCGGCCUCACCACUCCGCCCGCCCCCCUGCCUCCGGGACCCCGUGUCGGCCCUGCUGAGGGGGGCGAGGGAGCGGCUGGCCGGGGAGCUGCGGGAGAGGAGAGCCCCCCUUGCGGUGAUGGAGAGCCUGUCGGAUAACGAGUCUCUGUACAGCCUGGACUCCCGGCGUUCCUCCGCAGCCUUCAGGGGCUCUCCCAGCCUGGGGCCCCUCCCCGAGAGGCACGAGGGGCCCUGCUUCUAUAUCGACCCCCCCAUCCCUGAGGAGAACCCCUCCCUCAGCUCCCGGACAGAGCUGCUCGCCGCCGACCAGCCAGACACUGCGCUCGCCCUGUACAACCAGGCAUACUCCCCGACUGGGAGCAGCCAGCCGGGUGCACUGUUUAACCAGGGCUACUCUCCACCCCACCCUGCUGGAGCAGGGUCCCUGUUCAACCCCUCCCCUCCCAGAAAGCAGGAGGCAGCACACAGCCGGAGGUACCAUUCCACCCCCAGCCACAGCUCCCACUCCCCUCCCAGCCACCAGAGGGCCUCCUCCGAGGGAGUGGAGUCGGGCCGGUUCAGCCAGUCCAGUGCGUCUCCGGGUGCGAAGUUGCUGAACGGCCGCCCCCCCUCCUCCUCCUCGGGGGCCCCCAGCCCGGCACUGCUGGAGUUCGCGGAGUUCAUCGAUGGACUCUUCAACCUGGACUCGCGCCACGGCUCGCUGGGGGACGUGUUCCAGCUCUCUGAGGAGGAGGAGGAGGAGGAGGAGGAGUCGGGGCGGGGAUCGGACCCCCAGAACCAGGACUCGCAGCAGCAGAUUCUGGCCCGGGCCCAGUUCGAACCCAACCUGGUGCCCAAGCCCCCCCGCACCUUCGCUAGCUCUGCCGACCCCUCCUCUGGCAUCUCGCUGUCCCCCUCCCUCCCGCUCAGCUCCUCGGGGGAAGCCAUGGACCUAAGCCCUGGAGACCCCCCUCUCCCCCACCCCCUGCGGACUCACCCCUCCCAGGAGGACCUCGUGCUCUCCGCUCUCUAGCGCUGCCUCCUGGCUGCAGGGCAGGGCAGCGCUUUCACUCCGCUCUGUGGCCCCUGGCCCCUGGCCUGAGACGACAGCAGUUUUUAUUGUGGUUUUCAGGACUUGCUGUUUCGUAGUUUCUAUGUGUUAAGGUUUCUGAACCAUCGUGAUGCAGGAUGGUGUUGAGGGUGAGCCAGCGCUCGUGUCACUGGGAGCUCGUAGCAGUGCAGCGGGAGUCCAGCUGAGCUCCCACUAAGUCCCAGUAUGAGACUGGGAGUCUGAUUGCUGGCCCUGGUGGUGCAGAAGAAGCACUGAAGCAAACUAUGUGUGAAAGCAGAGCAGGAGUGACACAAGCAGCCAUAACACCCACUCCCACUCUCACUGUUUCACCCACUCUCACUGUCACCCACUCUCACUGUCUCACCCACUUUCACCCACUCUCACUCUCUAACCCACUCUCACUCCUAGCCCACAGUCACAGACUCUUGCUCUCUAGCACACUCACACACACUCACUCUUUCAGAAACGUGCACUGCUUGGCACUACAGCCUGGUCCUUGUGAGACAGACAGAGAGACAGUGAAGGUAUCCCGCAUGACCCUGUGUCCUAGCGUCAUGUCAAACCCCUGCUCCUCCCAUGCUGCAGGGGGCAGUAUUGCCAAACUGACCUGAAUAGAAUAGAAUGUAAAGUUUGUAUUUGUGAACUGAAGCACUUUGUAAUGAAUUGCUCAUGUGUGCAACCCCUCCUCAUUGUUAUUCAUGUUCACACAACAAUACAAUCUGAAUUGACAUGUUCGUUAUUCGAAAAGGGGGGGUCAUGACAGACCAAAGGGGAUCCCAAUUAGAAGAAGUCUGGGAACCCCUGUAAUCGAAAAUGAAAAUACAACCUCCCCCCCCCGCCCAGGGGAGGGGAGGGGAGGGGAGGGACGGGACUGCCCGGGGGAGG